CCUAGUGCUCCUCAUGCUCAGUCAGGGUUGGUUUGAUAUGCCUGAAAUGAACACAAACACUGGGAGCACUCGUGUGGUCUUGCGGCCCUAUCAGUGGCCGCAGCAGCACAUGACUCCAAAACUCUCAGUCAAGCUGCCGAUUGCAUAAAUGCAGAGUCCAAGGCACAUGUAACACACAGCUCUGGUUUCCUUGACGACCAGCCUGACCAGCUGACUGCAAAGGCCAGUGUAUCUCGCUCUGAACUUAUCAGAAGUGUGGCCGCUGCCUAACUCCUACAUCUACAGGUCAGCUAUGCAUCUCACUCAGAAGGACCAAAAGCUUGACAUUGUGUUAAGAAACCUGGGCGCCACAGACUCAACUUUCGAAAUUUCAGAUGGCAAUAAUGACCCUGAGAAGACUGUCAUCACUGAACCCCGUGCUGACAGUUUGGAAGAGGGCCUGGACCCAAGGCCUGAGGGCAACCUUAUCUACUCCAUCAAUGAUCGCCCACCCUGGUACCUCUGCAUUCUUCUGGGUUUCCAGCAUUACAUACUGGCGUUCGGUGGCAUCCUGGCGAUUCCUCUCAUCCUUGCCGAGCCGUUGUGCAUCAAAGAGAACAACGUUGCCAAAAGUCAGCUCAUCUCCACCAUCUUCUUCGUCUCAGGCCUGUGCACUUUGCUACAGACCACCUUUGGGACCAGGUUGCCAAUCCUCCAAGGGGGUACGUUCACCUUCAUCACUCCGACCUUGGCUAUCCUCGCCCUUCCCAAGUGGAGAUGCCCAGACAUGAGUGCCACCGCUCAACCGAACACCACGGAUUCUGCAGCCCUCCUCGUGGAUGGCGACGAGGUGUGGAAAGCCCGCAUCCGUGAGAUCCAGGGUGCCAUUCUAGUGGCCUCAAUGCUUCAGCUUGUCCUGGGGCUGUCGGGUCUUGUGGGGCUAGUACUGAGGUUCAUCGGGCCGCUGGCCAUUGCUCCCACCAUCAACCUCAUCGGACUGUCCCUCUUCAUCCAGGCCGGGCAGAAGUCAGGAGCUCACUGGGGAAUUGCUGCUCUAACUGUUUGCCUGAUCCUUCUCUUCUCCCAGUAUUUGAGCAAAGUUAACCUUCCUCUUAUUGCUUAUAAGGACAAGAAGUGGAAAGUCUUCCAGUACCCUCUCUUCAAACUCUUUUCUGCUUUAUUUGGGAUGUGUGGAGCCUGGCUGGUGUGCUUCCUGCUGACGUAUUUCAAUGCCCUGCCCUCAUCCCCGAAUGAGUACGGAUACAUGGCCAGAACUGACAUCAAUCUCAAUGCAGUAAAAAGUGCUGCAUGGUUUUAUGUGCCUUAUCCAGGACAGUGGGGUUUACCCACUGUGAGUGUGUCGUCUGUACUGGGCAUGAUGGCUGGAGUUCUGGCCUCAACAAUGGAGUCCAUUGGAGACUAUUAUGCGUGCGCUCGUCUCUCUGGUGCGCCUCCACCGCCCACGCAUGCUAUUAACCGUGGCAUUGCGGUUGAAGGCGUGGGCUGCAUCUUGGCUGCCUUGUGGGGUAGCGGUAAUGGAACCACCUCCUACAGUCAGAAUAUCGCUGCUCUAGGAAUUACAAGGGUUGGCAGCAGAUUGGUACUUCAGACCGCUGGGCUUCUUAUGAUCAUCUUGGGACUCUUUGGUAAAUUCAGCGCAGUCUUUAUAACUAUUCCAGACCCCGUCAUUGGUGGAAUGUUCCUCAUCAUGUUUGGGAUGGUAGCAGCAGUGGGUAUUUCCAAUCUGCAGUAUGUAGACUUGAACUCCUCCAGAAAUCUCCUGAUUCUUGGCUUUUCGACCUUCAGUGGUCUUGUGCUCCCAACCUGGUUUCAUUCGAACCCAGGCAUGAUCAACACAGGCAUAAAAGAACUGGAUCAGCUCAUUAUGAUUCUCUUCACAACCCACAUGUUCAUUGGAGGAUUCUUUGGGUUUGUUUUGGACAACACAAUACCAGGAACAGAAGAAGAAAGAGGAAUAAAGAGCUGGAGAAAGGCUGUUCAUGAAGGAUCUCAAAUACACAUCACUGAUCAUUCCUGUUACAAUCUGCCUUUCUGCACAAACUUUAUUCAGAGGUUCAAAUUGCUCCACUACCUCCCGUUUCUCCCAUCACUUGAGUCACAGGAACUGGGAACGCAUCUGUAGUGUCAUAGCUUUUUGUGGUGAGGCUUGGUUUUACAAUGGUACAUUCCAGGCAAGAGGUGAGCAACGUUCAGGCCCGGCUCCACCAUUUUAAGCUCAUUAGAAUAGGAGUCCACCCUAAUCACAGAAUUGCUCCAAUUUUCCAUGGGAAUCAUACAACCAGGGACAUUUUCAACUCUUUUUGGAUUUUUAAAGUACAUGAAACUUCCUCAAAAGCUCAAACCAGUCUUCAUUAUAAUACAUCAUUGAUGUCGGGCGGAAACCUCAUAUGUCAGACACUUGCAUGUGUCAUUUAUAUUAUUUACAUUUUCCCAAAAUCAAGCUUAAAUUGAGUUACAAAGUUUUCGACUAGCAGAUUUUGGAGAAUUUCAGACAUUUUGUCCGUCAUUAGAAUGGCCGCAUCUGAGGCAUUACGUUUUCAUCAACGUACAGGUUAUAAAGUUUAUUGUAGCUAUGUGGCCACUGAUUUUUUUUCUCUCAUUUGGUCAAAAUCUCAGGUUAUAAAAGAUGAAGUGCUUCGCACAGGCUAAUUCAGAGAGUAUUAGCUAUGACUCAAUGACAAAUGCUUGACUACAGGCCGACACAUCAAGUCAAUGUCAAAGAACUUGCGGCGACAAAAGUGUGUUGUCGCCUCACAUCGGCUUCAUCUAGGCCAAAAAGCUGUGUUUGAACACACCAAAAGGACUGCAAGCAACUGCCAACUAGCACAUGCAUUCUGUGCCAGCAUGUAAGGAAUUAACUGUCUACAUCUGCAGGUAUCAAUAGACUGUUUUCGUCAUUCAAAAAGGGAUACCGAAACUAGAACUGCAGAUAUACAAACCGUAAACAAAGCAGCGCUUACCAUUUUGAAAAUCACGACGUGUGAAAAACACAAAAAUUUCCCUGACAGACGUGCACCGACGGCCGACCGUUGACUUGAGCCCUAUCCCAAAUGGCACUCUAAACACUCGCAGUCUUCCUAUGAAUCCGCACUUUUCUGACAUAAUUCAUAAGUCUGCUGUGGAGCUCGCUUCAGUGCUGGCUCUGCAAAAAGGUGCAUCAAGGGUGCAUUUUGACUGCUUGCGAGCACCCUUCUGAAGUGCAUAUGAAGAGUGCCAUUUGGGACAGGGCCUUGGUGUGUCAUCGCCCUAAGACACUCUUUUCCCCUCCUCAAAUACAUAAAACAUUAGCCUUUAUAUAUGGUGUUUCUUGAGUAAAGAAAACAACCAGUUCUUUACGCUUGCAAACAAGCAGAGAUGGUCCAAAAUGUGUGCGGCACUUCAUUCAAGUUAUGAGGUUGCACCGACAGUUUGAGGAUGUUACGACAUUUAGUCACAAGCUCUUUUUAAUAUUUUUCAUUGAUUAAAGGUGCCCUAGAAUCAAAAAUUGAAUUUACCUCGGCAUAGUUGAAUAACAAGAGUUCAGUACAUGGAAAACACAUGAGUUUCAAACUCCA